UUAUAAUUGCUCGGUCCUGAUUUCACACGACAAGUGUGAGAAGCAUCCACUCGACGGAGAAGAGAGGUCAGGCAUGGAGACUGCGAUAUGUGGGAGAUUAGCUCUCGCACCAACCACUCUCUUCAAUUCUAUCUCAGGGGACAAACACUCUGUCUCAAAAGGACCAUGCGUUAAUAACCGUGGAGUUCUCAUGACCAUGUCUACGUACGCUGCAUUGGGUAAAGGAGGUGGUGUGUUGGACAAACCAAUUAUAGAGAAAACUACUCCUGGUCGUGAAUCCGAGUUUGAUUUGAGGAAAUCAAAGAAGAUGGCUCCACCAUACAGGGUGAUACUACACAACGACAACUUCAACAAGAGGGAAUAUGUGGUUCAGGUUUUGAUGAAGGUCAUACCAGGCAUGACUGUUGACAACGCAGUUAACAUUAUGCAAGAAGCCCACAUCAACGGUUUGGCAGUUGUGAUCGUCUGUGCUCAGGCCGAUGCAGAGCAACACUGUAUGCAGCUUCGCGGUAACGGCCUUCUCAGCUCUGUUGAACCUGAUGGUGGAGGCUGCUGAAAAACAACUAGUUUAAAUUUCGUAUAGUUUCCACAACUCUAUUUAGUCCAAAAAAAAAAAGAAUAUGUAUAUAAAAAUCAUAACUUUGGUACUAAGACUGUUACUAUAUGCAGUGGACUUUGCUUUAUAAAUCUUUUGUUGAGUUGAUC